GCUCUCCACAUCCCAUUUCGUCUCUGCCACACCAGAGUGCGGCUCUGGUCUGCUGUUAUGCACUCAAACAAUGCAGUUAAGAAAAAACACAGCUGUGGUGGUGUUUCUUGUACUACAGUGGAAUGCACUUGUCCGCACCGAUGGGAAAGCGCAUCAACUGUCCUGCGUCCCCAGUGAAACUACUGUUAUAUGCAACCUGGCUGAAGCUGACCGGCAAGGUUCUCGGAAAAUGCAGCUGGAAGUCGUAGCUGAGCAGAAAGUGGAAAUUCGUUCUUUGGGAAACAGUUCAGGAGGUUCCCCACCAUGUUUCUGGGCACAAAGAGAAACAGCCAAUAUGCUACCAGUCCAGCGCUUUACAAGAGACAUGGGUGGAGAUUACACUGUAGUCUGUGGCACUGGCAACUCAAACUAUUCUGUAAACAUCUCAGUCCAUGUAACUGCUCUAAAAAAGCCACCAUCUAUUCCACAGCUAACAGUGACUGAAGGAGAAGACCAUACUGUUAGUUUCAGAUGUGUUUCUGAGGGAAACCCUAUACCAAAAAUUACAUGGUAUGCAAACAAACAAACCAGCAGACGAGAUCUAAAAGAAGAGACAAAUCUGGAAAAGGAGAUGGCUGUGAGCACGCUUGAUGGUUUUACCUACCAGACCUCAAACACAAACUGCUGUGCCACAAACUCAGAGGGAAAAGAAUGCGCCCUGAUUUAUCAUUACGAGCUUGGAAAGCCCAGGCAGGAGACUGAAGCUCCACAGAUUUUACUGAAUCCUGGACAGUCGCUCGCACUCCGAUGUAGAGCUAAUAAUAAGAAACCACCUAUGAAGUGGUUCUUCAACAACACAGAGCUCAGUGGAGUAAGAAUGUACUAUUAUGAUUCAGUGUUGGAGUAUUUCUCCAUUGAAUCAGUUAGUGGGAAUAACAGUGGAGAGUAUGUUUGCAAAAGUAAGGACGGGCAAUCAAAGGCUACACAGGUGCAGGUGCAUGAGGAGGACUUCAUUGAGAUACUGGAGCUGAAUGAGAAUGUCAGAAUUUGGGAGAAAGAGAAAGCGACCUUCUGCCUCCAAGUCCAGGUGCUCGCUUACCCAAAACCACAGUGUGCCUGGAUUCAACCAAAUGGAACCAAAGUGCAGUCUGACAAAACUCAUGACCUCUGGAAUAAUCACACUUUUAAACUGUGCAAUCCAGAGCCAGGCCUGUAUCAGAUACAACUGAGAGCUGGUAGGAAGUUAGUCACAAAGAAUCUGUCUCUCUGUGUGACAGAUACUCCUAAGUUUACUUUACUCCAAGACCUAGACAAAGUCACCUGCAUGACCAACAGCUCACUUCCUCGGGCCCUAUUCUGGAGGAUGUGUCCAUCAGAUGCUAACUGUACAGACUCUGCAAUGUGGAAAGAGACAAGUGUGAAUCAACAGGAGUUCCCAGAUUCAGGCCGGUUCUGCCAGAAGAAGAUUGUCUUCUCUGAAGCUUGCACUGAAGUAAACAACCACAUUGUCCAGUGCUGCCUCACUAACAUGGACGGCUCAUACUGCAGUGAGCAUAUUAAAGUGAAAAACCCCUCCUCGGACCCCUCGGACUCCAUGAUACUGAUAGUGAUGUGUGGCAUGCUUGUCUUUGCCCUCCUGCUGGUCAGCCUCACCCUGGUCCAUUUCAUCCGCAAGAAAAAGACUGGAUAUGAAACCCAGCUCCAGAUGAUUCAGAUGGUGGGGCCGUCUGAUAAUGAUUACAUCUACAUUGACUUCAGAGAUUUCAAGUAUGACCAGAAAUGGGAGUUUCCUCGUGAGAACCUGGAAUUGGGGAAAGUGCUGGGAUCUGGAGCUUUUGGGAUGGUAGUGCAGGCUACAGCUUAUGGAAUCAGCAAGCCAGGAGUGUCUAUGCAGGUUGCAGUGAAAAUGCUAAAAGACAAGCACCAGACAGUGGAGCAGGAAGCCUUGAUGUCUGAAUUGAAGAUGCUGACUCAUCUUGGACACCAUGCCAACAUUGUGAACCUGCUGGGGGCUUGCACUGGUGCAGGUCCCAUUUACUUGAUCUUUCAAUACUGCUGUCAUGGAGACCUCCUGAACUACCUGAAGAACAAGAGAGAGAGCUUCUACAAGUCCUUAGCCGAUGCCUUCAACAAGGACAGAUUCAGCGGCCUCUACCAGAACUACCAGAGGAAGAGAAACUCCAGUGAGUUUACUCAGUCCGAUGACAUUUCGUACAUGCACAUGUCCCCAGUGACAAAGGAACGAGAGGCACUUCUUUCCACCUCUACGGAUGUUACUGACGAAAUAUUUGAAAGUGAGGAUGAAGACCUGCAGACUCUCACCUACGAUGACCUCCUAAGUUUCUCCUACCAAGUCGCUAGAGGCAUGGAAUUCCUUUCCUCCAAAAAUUGCAUUCAUCGAGACCUGGCAGCCAGAAAUAUUUUAGUGACCCAGGGCAGGCUGGUGAAGAUCGGCGACUUCGGACUUUCACGAGACAUUGAAAAUGAUUCCAACUAUGUGGUGAGAGGAAAUGCACGUUUACCAGUGAAAUGGAUGGCACCUGAGAGUAUUUUCAAAGGGAUGUACACCAUGCAGAGUGACGUGUGGGCCUAUGGCAUCCUGCUAUGGGAGAUAUUCUCUCUGGGUGUGACUCCAUAUCCUGGUAUAAAAGUGGAUAACAACUUCUAUGUGAUGAUUGAGAGAGGAUUCCAGAUGGAGAGGCCAUAUUAUGCCUCUGAGUCUGUGUACAACGUGAUGUGCCGCUGUUGGGCCCUGGAGCCUAGAGAUCGUCCCUGUUUCUCCAAGCUGGUGGCCUUCAUGGAAUACCAGCUGACUGACGUUGAAGAACAGCUCUACUACAAUGUUGGAGAACAGAAGAACAAUGAUUCCACAUACAAGAACGCGCCGGUGAUUUUGCAACUUGUAGAAACGGUAGAAGAAGAAGUCGUGUGUCAGUCAGCACUGACAGAUUCAUCCUGCAAUACUGAAACAGCUGAAGAGGAUCCAGUCACAAAAGCUGAAACAGUGGAAACAGAGACUUGCAUUUAAAAAGCAGGUGUUCAGGAUAAGGUCAAAAAAAUAUUGCAAAACUUCAGUACAUGCAUUCAUUUCUUAUUCAUAUUUACAAUACAAGUAUUACAAUGCAAUAAGUUCUUAAAUCUUUUCUGCUAAAUGACCUUACUGGACAGCCAAAACGCAACACAUUUAUUUAGAACAUGUUUCUAGCCUAGUCUUUAUAUAUUUCACAUACAUGUACAUUUAGUGUUACAGCAUGGUCUUUAAGUAAGCAGGUGGCACUUUGGGUUGUUCACAACAAAAGAAGAUUUUUUCAUCUGAGACUAGGUUUAAUUUGUGCCUAGAAAGCCACCUAUUCUAGCAUUAAUCAUUGCAAAUGACAGACAGUUUUUGGCACCUCAACAAUGGUUCUUUUUACAAAACAAUAAUGCUACAAAACUGCCAGCACUGAAAUGUAUAAUGUGUUUUAUUACAGAAUUUCUUUGAGAGUUCUUUGAGAGAUGAGAGUGUCUGGGGCUGUUAAGUGAACGUCAUUGGUCAUUAUAAUAUUAAACAAGUACAGCAGAGGGCAACACUGUGUAGGGUGACACUGGAGCGUAGACUAGAACUGAGAAAGGUUUUGCAUUACUAUUUUAAUAUCACUUAAUCUGAAGCAAAUUUCAUUUUAUAUUAGUGUCAUCUGUAUAUUUAUUCAUCAGAGUACUUUCAUACAUUUAAUACUCACUCAAAUACAUUUUCACAUGUUAUUGGUUGAUCUAUCUAUCUUUUUGUCAUUUUUCAAAGCAUCUUCAAUUUUGAACAUU